AUGGCCGACUUGCAGAAGGAUCGUGUGAAUGCGUCGUACGUUUUUGCAGUCACCGGUGUGGAUUUUUGUGGUCCGUUCUUUUAUAAGAGUGAGGUGCGGACCAGACCACCCAUCAAAUGCUACAUAUGCCUCUUCAUAUGCUUUGCCACCAAGGCCGUUCACUUGGAGCUUGUGCAGGAUCUAUCGACGCCAGCGUUCAUAAGCGCUCUAAAGCGAUUCAUUUUAACUCGCGGUCGGCCCAGGGAAAUUUGGUCCGAUAACGCAACCAACUUUGUGGGAGCAAAGAACGAGUUGGCAGAGUUGAAGAAGCUGUUCCUGGCAGAAAGACAUAUGAAGGAAGUUCAGGAGUUUUGCGUUGCGGAUCAUAUUGACUGGCGGUUUAUUCCCCCUCGCUCUCCCCACUUUGGCGGACUCUGGGAGACUGCGGUUAAAACAGCCAAACAUCAUUUCUACCGUUCCGCUUCCAGCUAA